UAAACUCUCUCGGUGCUGGAUAAUUAUGUAUAUUUGAUUAAGUUAAUAUGUUCUAACUUUAGUUAAAUAUGUCAACAAUACCUUAAUGGUUAAGGAUUAAGAAAAAGUAAGCUGUCAUCAUGUUCUAUUCUAUGAGAAAUAAAGUUUUGUACAUAGCUCUUUUCUUCUUAGUUAUUAGUGGCGGAAGAUUUAUUUAUUGCUGGAAACAGGAAGGGUCGAGAUUACUGCCUGACAUGGUCGUUGCCAGCAGUAUUGUGGUCGCUAUUAUUCUGAUAGACAUUUAUAGACUGAAACCAGCACCAUCUCACACAUUUAAAAGUUUAAUAUUGCAGUACAUUUACUUAAGAGCCACAAUGGUGUGUGGGUAUAUACUGAAAACACGUUUUGAUAAGGUGUGUAAGAAGUGUGAAGAGCAACAGGAAAACAUUCUUAAAGAAAUCUUAGCACAAAAUAAGGAUACACUUUUUGCGAGGGAUCACGGUCUAGAAAAUGUUAACUCUGUCAAAACAUUUAGAGAAACCAUGCCACUUACAUCAUACGGUAAUUACCGGAAGUAUGCUGAAAUGGUAAAAGAGGAAGGAACAGAAAAUAUACUGUUUCCCGGAAAAGCUUACUAUCUGGCCCUUACUUCCGGUACAACUUCCGGUAAAAGCAAGGUAUUUCCAAAAAACCCUAAAAAGCGGAAUAAGGCAAUGACAUGGCUGAUAACAUUACAAUACAUUCUGACGUAUGCUACAGAAAAUAACUUUUUAACAAAAUGGUUGUAUGUAAAACUUUUACCAACAUUAAUUGCCACCAAAUCCGGGAUAGAAUCUGGACCUGUGUCAGCUGUUACAAACAAAAUCAACGUUCCAUUUUUUGCUGUCCCAAAUCUAUCCAUACACACGGAAUACGAGGCCCUUUACAUUCAUUUAGCAUUUAGUCUUGCAGAAGAUGAUGUGUCCUGUUUUUCAACCAUGGUUUCAACAACAGCAUUAUCUUUACUCACAAUACUGGAGAAGGACUGGAGUUUGCUUUGCAAUGACAUUGAAAAUGGAAGACUCUCAGAAAGUUUGGACAUUCCUGCUGUUGAAAGAAAUCGAUUAAAUAAUCUGAUGAAAGCUGAUCCAAGACGCGGAGCAUUUUUAAGGAAAGAAUUUGCUAAGGGAUUUAAGAGUGUUGUAUCUAGAAUAUGGCCGCAAUGUCCGUGUCUUCUGGCAAUUAAGACAGGAGUGUUUGAAACACCGGCAAAUAUAGUAAGGGAGAAAUACUUGGGCGAUCUACCCAUUGUCACUUUACUUCAUGUUGGAACUGAAACCAUGUAUGGUAUGAACAUUGAUCCUAUGGCACAACCAGAUGUCAACUACGUGGCCUUACUACCAAUAAACUUCUUUGAGUUUCUUCCAGUUGAAGAAUUUGAAGAAAAAUCACCAUCCACAUUACUCGCGCAUCAGGUGGAAGUCGGACAAAUGUACGAGAUGGUGAUUACGACAUUUGAUGGGUUGUAUCGGUAUAGAACGGAAGAUGUCGUCAAGAUAACCGGUUUCUGUGGUACAACACCAGUAUACCAAUUCAUGUACAGAGCUGGCGAUAUUUUAACAGCAAACAUGGAAAAAGUACCUGAAUUUCUCCUUCACGAUGCAGUUUAUGCCGCCGCUGCUACAUGGAAGGAGAGCAUUGAAGAUUUUACCAGCUGUGAAAGCGUGCAUGUGCAUCUAGCUGGAGCGCCCGAUACCAGUUCAAGAUAUGUUGUGUUCAUUGAAUUGAGAGAUGCAAAGACAUUAGAUGAACACGAGGUAAAUAUGGUUGAUAAGGAACUGUGUGAAAGACAUACUGUAUACGCGGCAAUGCGCAAAAACAACAAACUUCAACCAGUUCAAAUGAUUCAGAUGAAAACGGGCGCAUUCGACAAAAUAAAGGAAAUGAUGUUAGCAUCAAACCCAGACGCAUUUUGCAUGCAGUACAAAUUACCAAGAAUCAUGAGAAGGAAAGACAUUUUGAAAGCUAUGUUAGAUAUGAAAAUAUAAAGGAUGAUAUGAUAAAUUGAACUGUUACAAAAGACAGGUUCAAUUUUUGUUGUGUUAAAAUUGACCUCAAUGUGUAUUAACGUAGUGGAUCCGUAAUGGCAAUUGGAAAUUUCCGUGCAAUUUCGUAUUCUUGCUUGGCGCAUCGGCAUUCUUCGGAAUACCUGGCUUUCUAUUCAUACCGAAGGAUGCCGAAUUCGCAUCUACAUAGAAUACCUAACCGAACGGAAGUUUCCGAUUAUCGUUACGUAUACACCACCUUAAAUUUGGAUGUAUAUGGAAGGAUGAUAUAUAACUAGGUGCUUCUGUUCUUGUUUUGCCAAGUAAAUGAACAAACUAUUAUUAGCGUUAUUAGAUUAAAUAGUUAAAUUGUA